CUCUUAAUUUUAAGAAACACCUUUGUCAUGCGCUCUGUUACUUAUCUUUUUCUUAUUUUGGCGGGGUGUUGUGUGCUUGCAAGUGCUUGGAGCAAUGAUGAGUAUGAAUUGUUUGACUUGGUAGAAGAAGUUAAUAAGAACUUCUAUGAACUUCUUGAAAUACCUAAAGAUGCAGGAGCUACAGAAAUUCGGAAGGCAUUCCGUAAGCUAUCCUUGGUGCUUCAUCCUGACAAAAAUUCAGCCCCUGAUGCAGAUGUUAAGUUCCGUCAGCUGGUUGCUGUUUACGACGUAAUAAAAGAUCCUAAUAAAAGAAAGCUGUAUGAUGACGUCCUGGUUAAUGGAUUACCAGAUUGGAAAUCUGCAGUUUACUACUAUCGAAGAGUACGCAAGAUGGGAUUAGCGGAAAUGUCUGUUAUAUUGUUUGUUAUUUUGACUGUUGGACAAUAUCUUGUUGGAUGGGGAUCUUACUUGGAGAAGAAGUUCAUUGCACAAGAAUUUAUUUCAUCAAAGAUGCGGAAGCAGCAGAAGAAAGCAGUCAAGAAAAGUAAAGGAGAUGCACCUGUUGUUGAAGAAGUAUUGUCAGAGAUCCCAAUUCCAAGUGUCAAGGACACCCUCCCAUUUCAAAUUCCUCGUUUCCUUUGGUGGUUAGUUGCCAAACUACCUUUUAUUAUAGUAGAACAACUGCAGGAACGUAAGCGUUUUCAGGAAGAAUUAAGACUUAUGGAAGAAGAAGAAAGAGCUGCAGCAGAAGCAGCAGCUGCAGAGAAAGCAGGACGUGGACCAAGAAAACGUAAAGGUGGUGGAUUUUCUGCUCCUGAAAUAACUGGAGAUGACAGUUCCGUUCUUACCCAGGCUCAAAUUUUAGCCAAGGCUAAGAAAGAGAUGAAGUCACAAAUGAAAAAGCCUGCUCAAAGUGGCGGUUUGUGGACUGAUGAAGAUAUAGAUAAACUUAUAAAAUUAGUAAAGAAAUUUCCAGCUGGUUCACUGGAGCGAUGGGAAAAAAUUGCAGACGCUAUGGAACGUUCAGUUCAUGAAGUAACUCACAUGGCCCAGAGAGUAAAAGAAGGGCUUUACAAAACACCCAAUGCUGAAAGAGAGGGUGAAGGUGAAGUCCAGCAUCUUCUUAAAAUCAAGAAGGUCAAGACGCGAGGUGGGAAACUGGGGGAUUGUGAACCAACUGAAGCCGAAGCCGAUUAUGAGAGUAAAAUGGAAUCUUCUUGGAAUCAAAUCCAACAGAAGGCUCUUGAGGCAGCUUUAAUUAAAUACCCUAAAGGUUCGACUCAAGAUAGAUGGGAAAAAAUAGCAAAAUGUGUUCCUGAUAAGACUAAGGAGGAGUGCAUGAUAAGGUUUAAAUACCUUGUGGACUUGGUGAAGAAAAAGAAGGAGAAAGAGAAUGCUCAAACGGUCGAAGAAACCGUCAAUACUGAAGAUUCUGAAAAAACAGAAGAAACUGAAGCCUUAGAUAAUGAACCUUGUCUUAGCGAUGCUUCUAGCUAGUGUCAAUUUUAAUGGUAUGUGUAAUCAUCAGAAGCAACUCUUGGCUGUGAAACUAUUUGUGUAUCAUAUAGUGUUUUAUUUAUCUGUUGCCAACAAUGGAAAAAAUGUGAUUUUUUUAUUAUGGGAUUUGUGUUCUUUGGUGUUUAAACCCAGUAUUAUAAUGAACUGUUUAGCUUUGUUAGCUUUGACCUGAUAUGUUGUGUGCUGAAAAGCAAAUAUGUAAAUAAGCCUUUGUUCUAAGUGUGACUAAAUAUAAUAUUAAGCAGGACCAGAAGUAAA